AUGUCCACACUUUUUGUUCAGGAUGAAUCUGACGACGAGUCACUCCAGCUAGAAUUAUCUAGGCAAAUUGAAGAUUUCAAUGAGAAUGCGGAAAAGCAUAUAAACUACGAGAGUCAGAUAUUGCCUAAUGACCUUUUAUCAGCUGAAGAAAUUAGAAAUCACCCUAUUGAUGAGGGUGAUGAUGAGGUACCGCUUUAUCCUUUGAUUCCCGAUAUCGGUGAGCAAAUAGGCCUGAGGCCAAGCAUGGAUGAGCUUCGACAGGUCGAUAUCCAGUUAAAUUUACCUUUAUCAUAUCAGCAACAACUUGUCGAGAACACAUUGUCUACUGAUGAUCCCCUAGUGAUAAUGGGCAGGGGGCUAGGAAUGGCGAGCAUAGUGGCCAACUUACUCCAUAUUUUAGCAACUCCCACUGUAAUUGAUGGUGACCUGAAGAGGUCACUGGUUCUAGUUCUCAAUUCUAGACCAACUGAUAACAUUAGAAUAAGUGAAGAGCUACAAGAGCUCUCCUGGCUGGAGGGAUGCGACAAAAAAGUCGACAUAAAUGAGGACGAAUUUAGUGAAACGGAUACUAGACCUUUUCAUGUGAUAUCUGCUGAUAAUCAAACUCUGGAAAAACGAAAAAAACUAUAUUCUUCUGGCGGGAUAUUUAGUAUUACUUCAAGAAUUCUUAUUGUUGAUUUACUCUCAGGUAUUGUGCAUCCAAGUAAGAUAACGGGUAUGGUGAUUCUCAAUGUGGAUACACUAAAAAUGUAUUCAAAUGAGACAUUUAUUUUGGAAAUAUAUCGAUCAAAAAAUAAAUGGGGCUUCAUCAAAGCUUUUUCUGAAGCUCCAGAAUCAUUUGUCAUGGAAUUUUCUCCGCUGCAAAGAAAAAUGAAAGAUCUGAUGUUGAAAAAUGUACUAUUAUGGCCAAGAUUCCGCGUUGAUAUUUCCCACUGUCUGAAUAAUGCUAUUGGGCCAGAUAAUAAUAAGGUAAUUGAAGUGAAGGUUUCAUUGACCAAUUCUAUGUCUCAGAUCCAAUUUGGACUCAUCGAAUGCCUGAAAAAGUGCGUUUCUGAGCUGAAAAGGAAAACACCAGAGUUAGCUCUUGAUUAUUGGAAUAUGGACAAUGCAUUGGAUAUAAAUUUCUUGAAAUCGAUUGAUUUCGUCAUGAUUCCCAAUUGGCAUAGAAUAUCAUGGGAAUCAAAGCAAUUGGUGAAAGAUAUUCGCUUUUUGAGGAAUUUAAUGAAGCUGUUAAUUUGCGGUGACUCGGUCGAUUUCUAUGAGGAAGUCCAGCAAAGCUUAGAUGCUAAUAGGCCUUCCGUAUCCCGUAAAUACACUGAAUCGCCUUGGCUGAUGGCGGAAGAAUCCCAGCUCGUUAUCUCGUAUGCCAAGAAAAGGAUCUACACAAAUGGUGAGUACAAUUUAGAAACACUGCCAAAAUGGGAACAGUUAAUACAUAUUUUAGAUGACAUAUCCUAUCAAAGGUCUGUUAAAGAAAUCUUUGGGCCAACUCUCAUCAUGUGCUCUAGUUCAGCGGAGUGUCUACAGCUAGCAAGGAUCAUCAGCAUGUCCAGUAACAAAAACGGGUUUAGAAAUAAUAUGCUUCAAAAAUUGCAACUAUAUCGUGCUGGUAGAGAAGAGAGGAAGAAGAUAGCUAAAGAAGUUCAUGACAAAGAACCAGAAAGGGACGCUGAGCUAAAUGUGAGUACAGCAUUCGCGAAGGAACAAAUUUUAACUAAAAGAAGACGAACUAGAGGGGCAGCCGCUGUCGCAGCUGUUGAGAGAUUAAAGAGUGCUGGAUCUGGAGAUGAUAUUGAGACUGUAAUUGAUCAGUACAAUAUUGAGGAGGAAUUGGGGUCCGUACAACUUCCGGGGGAGGAGAGUAUAUUUAUGACUUUCGAAGAAGAGACCCCGGAAUCUGCCAGUUAUAGUGACAGCGAAAAUAUACAGCUUGAUAGUCUCCAUCCGUAUGCCGACAGUGAGGUGACAAAAGAGGUCUGGAACUCUCGGUUGGAAGAAUAUCAAUAUGUCAACUGCGGUGACCAGAUAAUUGUUGAAAGGUUCGAUAAUAUAAAUGAUGAGGCAUUGCUGCAGGAAAUUAUGCCUUCCUUUAUUAUAAUAUAUGAACCGGAUCUUUCCUUCAUCAGAAGGGUCGAAAUUCACCGCGCAAUCCAUAGAGAUAUGCCACCAAAAGUCUUUUUCAUGUAUUAUGGGGACAGUAUCGAGGAACAGGGUCAUUUGACUGCCAUCAAAAAAGAAAAAGACGCAUUUUCCAAAUUAAUUAGAGAGAAUGCAAUGCUGGCUCACCACUUCGAAGCUGAUGAUGAUUUAUCUCACUAUAAGAAUCUGGCUGAAAGGAAAUUGAAGAUGAAUCGCUUAAGAAAGAGGAGUACAAGAGUUGCGGGCGGGCAAGCAGCUUUGGGUGAUCUGACGCAGGAUGUCGUUAUUGUUGAUACGCGAGAAUUCAAUGCUAGCUUACCGGGACUUCUGUACAGGUAUGGAGUUCGUGUGGUUCCCUGUAUGCUAACUGUAGGAGAUUACAUUAUUUCACCGGACAUUUGUAUUGAAAGAAAGUCCAUAUCAGAUUUAAUCGGCUCAUUGCAAAAUAACCGCUUAAUAUCUCAAUGUAAAAAAAUGUCAAGCCACUACAGAUAUCCAACACUUUUAAUUGAAUUUGAGGAGGGGCAGUCAUUUUCGCUUGAACCAUUCAGUGAACGAAGAAGUUACCGCAGUAAAGAGUCCUCUGCUGUUCAUCCUAUUUCUAGCAAAUUAUCUCAGGAUGAAAUCCAGAUGGAACUUUCGAAGAUUGUGAUGAGGUUCCCAAAUCUGAGGAUGAUCUGGUCGUCCUCUCCUCUGCAGACUGUCAAUAUAAUUCUAGAACUGAAGCUAGGUAGGGAACAGCCAGAUCCUAACCAAUCUGUCACGCUGGGUUUAAAGAAAUCUAAAACUGAUGGUAAAAACAAGGACAAAAAAGCUAAUAAUCAAGAAAAGUUUGCAAAAUUGUUGCAGGUUCCUGGUAUCUCUAAAGUCGACUAUUUUAAUCUUAGAAAGGAAUUCAAACGCUACAGCAAAUUGGAAUCUUUAGGCAAGGAUGAAUUGCUAGAUUUGCUGGGCGACGAGAAUUUGAGUGAGAAGGUCUUUGCCUAUGUGCAACAGGAAAAAAGGGACAGUGAACAGGAUUAUCAAGACUUCUAA